AUGCCCAGAAAACACCGCAAACGAAAACCGGCCGAGGAGGUAACAUCUGCCACUAGUACAAGUAGUGGUCCCAGAGUCAAGUUUCUCUUUGCUCGUGUGGCACUGAUUCUACUGGCUUGUCACUCGACCUAUGUGUUCUGGACGACAUCGUCCGUUUCACAAUUGCGAGCCUUACUGGAAGCCUCCAAAGAAGUCCUUCAACAAAUCAUCCAAGAAGAAGAACCUGCCUGGGUGAGAGCCUUGGAACUACAAUCCGAUGACCAAAACCAAACCAGCAGAUACCUGGGAAUUUCACGUGGGAUUCUGUCCAACAAACCCAUGUCGUUUUUCCGUGAAAUCCAGGACAAGAUCGACCAAGAGGACCUCGCAGAACGUUGCCACAGAUAUGGCUUUUCAGUAAAGAAGCAGAAUAGCGACAACAACUCCACAUCUCUACGAAGAAUAUUCUAUGGCAGCCUGAUUGCCGCCGAGAGCUGGGAGACUCUGGAUAUUGUUGCCACCGAGGCCUAUGGGCUGUUUGCAGGAGUUGUCUUUGUGGAAUCCAAUCGAACGCAGCACUUCAUUCCCCGACCAUUUCAUUGGAAUGCAGAAAACACGGAACGACUCAGACGGUUAUAUGGGACCCCCCAGCUGCAAGUGCGACAAUUCAUCAAUGAAGAUUCUGGAUUGAUGGACUUGUACAGAGAGCACGAGCAAAGGGAAGAGAUUGUCAAAGGGUGGAAAGAAUUAGGCAUGGGUCCCGAAGAUAUAGGCUAUCUCGGUGAUGUAGAUGAAGCAUUCACCCGCGACUUUCUUCGGGCUGUUCAGAGUUGCAAUGUGGAGGAAUUUGACUAUAAAACACACCAUUGCGACCAGAGAAAAGCCAAGAUGCAGGGAUUCACUCGUGUAUUUGAAACAUCGCCUGACUGUCUCGUCAAAGAUCGCUCAUGGUUUCAUCCUGACAUGGUCAUUGGGGCUUGUGUGGAAAAUAUUGGCGAUGAGAAGAAAAAUAUCAUUGCACCCAGGGAUCCGAUUAAUGGAAGACCUGGCCCACAUCGAUCUCCGGGGUUUGGAAGUUGCUAUGGACCUGUGAAUGUUGAAAAUAUCACGGACAAUCGAUUUCCAUUGUACAAUGCUGGUGACAUUCGAAUGGGUUGUGGUGGUCGUUUCUUUCCCAUCAAGAACCCCCCACCCAAGUACACGACAUAUUCCGCAUUUCAUAUGCACAAUUUCUUUGUAGACCUCCACGCCCUGCGCUUCAAAUACCUUACAUAUGGACAUCCCAUUGACAAUGCCAUGACAGCGCCACUGGAAGACUUGCACUCAGACUUGAGAUUAAUGGUCCGGUGUGUCAAGAACCUCACCGAUGCACCAACGGAAAACCAUUUUGCCGACAAACAAUCGAAUCAUCGUGUACAGGGAGGUGUCGAUGGAGCCUUGCCUCCCUUUCCAAUCUACUUUAUGGACAAGGAUUAUCGAAAUCGAAAGCAUGAGGCAGCUAGGUUACAGGUAGAAGAAGACGAACAACGACGAAGAGACAGACUUGGCAUGGACCCAGUGCAACGACGGUAUGAAGAUGUAACGCUGGAAUACAAGGAGGCAAGAAGGCACAUGUGGUCCAAAGAAAAAGAGGCAGAGAGAAUCAAGUCAUUGCUAUCCUCCUAG